AUGACUACUGGCGACGAAUCAAAGAAAGUUCACGGAUCUAAAAGUGUACCAUAUUUCACUCCUGAACAAAAGUUCAGAGCUGGUACCCCUUUAGAUCCUCAGCCCAAAGGUACUGCUAUCCCCAAAUUGUUUUCUCCUCUUAAGAUUAAAAAUGUUGAAUUGCAAAAUAGAAUAGGUGUUUCUCCAAUGUGCACUUAUUCUGCCGGUCUUGAUGGUAAGCCAACUCCAUGGCAUUUAGUUCAUUUGGGUCAAUUCCUCAUGAGAGGUCCUGGUAUCACUUUUGCCGAGGCUUCUUCAGUUGCUCCAAAUGGUGGUUUGAGCCCUCAUGAUUUGGGUAUUUGGAACGAUGAACAAGCUUUGGCAUUUAAACCAAUUGUUGAGUUUGCUCAUUCUCAAAACCAACUUAUCGGUGCUCAAUUGGCUCAUGCUGGUAGAAAGGCUAGUACCGUUCCUCCUUAUAUUCAUAUUGAAGAUUCAUCUCCUGAAUCUGCUGGAGGUUGGCCACAAAAUACUGUUGCACCUUCGCCUAUUAGAUUUAGACAAAAUGGGUUCUUACCGGUUCCUCAUGAAUUGACAGUUGCAGAAAUCAAGGAAUACGUGAAAGAUUUCGGUUUGGCUGCAGAAAGAGCAUUGAAAAUUGCUGGGUUUGAUAUUAUUGAAAUUCAUGCUGCUCAUGGUUAUUUGAUUAAUGAGUUUCUUAGUGAAGUUUCUAAUAAAAGAACCGAUGAAUAUGGUGGAUCUUUUGAAAACAGAAUGAGAUUCUUAACUGAAGUUAUUGAGGAAAUUAGAGCCGUAACCAAGGAUAAGAUUCCAUUGUGGUUGCGUAUUUCUGCAUCUGAAAACAAUGAUGUAGACCCAUUGGCAUGGACUGUUGAAGACCUGAUUAGAUUGGCAAAAGUUGUUCGUGAAAAGGGAGUUGAUGUCUUGGAUAUUUCUUCUGGUGGUAACUCUGCAUCUCAAUCAAAGAGAUCUAAGGGAUUUGGUCAACAUGUCCCAUUUGCAAGAGCCAUUAAGAAGGCUGUUGGUGAUUCCUUGUUACUUGCUGUUCCUGGUGGAUUAACUGAUAGCUCAAAGGUUAAUGAUUUAGUGGAAGAAGGUGUAAUUGAUAUUGCAUUGGUUGCAAGAGGCUUCUUACGUAACCCUGGUUUAGUGGCUACUUGGGCGGAGGAAUUGGAUAUCGAUGUGCAACAAAACAUACAAUAUCAUUAUGUUUCUCAUAUGCCUAAAGAUCAAAUUGAAUGGUUGAUUCAAACUAGCAAAUAA